UAACGUUGUACACACUACAACACACAAAGGCUCUCUCCACGUAACGUCCGGGAAAAAAGAGAACAAAUCACAGAGAAACCGAGAGACAGAGAUAAAGUGAGCCAAGAAUCCUAGAGAGAGAGAGAGGCACACACAGACUGGGAGAGAGAGUUAGCAGCUUCCAUUGCUUCUCUCCUUUUCCUUCCGUGGUGGGUCUUCACUCUUGUCCAACAUUGCUGAUACCAAAGAGGAGAACUUUUGCGUUAAAUCUUAGAGAGACAGGAAAAGUGAGCUUCAAGGGACUGAAGGGAGAGGAACAUGGAAGAUGAUGACUGCUGAACCAAGUGGGAAUAAUGAGGAAGGGGUCAAUGGCAAUGUCGAUGUCAAUGUGCGGGCAAGGGUGUGGUGGAGGAAAACAGGAGAAGGCGGAAGAAAUGUCGAGGGACGGCAGCCAUGUCAGCCAGUUUAACCUCAUCGAUGGCAUUUUGCCGUCUCUUGGCGCCACUGCUCCAAACCGUCCCAAACACAAGUUCCGCCGUUUCAUCAUCUCCCCAUUUAAUUAUUAUUACAAACUUUGGCAGUCAUUUCUUAUCCUCCUGGUUUUCUACACUGCUUGGGUGUGUCCCUUUGAAUUUGGAUUCUUGGACAGAGCAAAAGGACUUAUUGCCAUUGCUGAUAAUGUUGUCAAUGCACUUUUCGCUAUCGACAUUGUAUUGACAUUCUUUGUGGCCUACCUUGAUAAAACUACUUAUCUCCUCAUUGACAACCGCAAGCUCAUCGCUCUGAGAUAUGCCAAAACAUGGCUGGCCUUUGACAUUAUCUCCACAAUCCCUUCGGAACUUGCUCAGCGUGUUCUGCCUCCUCCUCUCGAGACUUACGGAUACUUCAAUAUCCUCCGCCUUUGGCGUCUCCGAAGAGUCAGUGCAAUGAUUUCCAGAUUGGAAAAGGACAGGAAUUAUAGCUAUUUUUGGGUUCGAUACUGCAAGCUUAUUUUCGUUACACUCCUCACAGUUCAUUGCGCAGGCUGCUUCUUCUAUUUCCUUGCUGUGCAUUAUCGUAACCCAAGAAGGACCUGGUUUGGGCUUAUCGAAGAAAACUUUCAACAAUUGACUUUAUGGGACCGGUACGUGACCUCAAUGUACUGGUCCAUAAUCACUCUCACAACCACCGGCUAUGGGGAUUUUCAUCCUGUAAAUUCACAGGAGAUGAUAUUCGAUAUCUUCUAUAUGCUCUUCAAUCUUGGGCUGCAAGCUUACCUGAUCGGUAAUAUGACCAACUUGAUUGUCCAUGGAACUGCUCGAACUAGACAAUUUAGAGACACUAUUCAAGCUGCAACAAGUUUUGCUCGUAGGAACCAAAUACCUGAUCACCUGCACGAGCAGAUGCUUGCUCAUUUGUGUUUGAAGUACAGAACUAAUUCAGAAGGGCUGCAGCAGCAAGAGGCUCUCGAUGCGCUCCCUAAAGCCAUUCGAUCUAGCAUCUCUCAUUAUCUCUUCUAUCCACUUGUUGAUAGUGUCUACUUGUUCCAAGGUGUAUCAAGAGAUCUACUUUUCCAAUUGGUCUCUGAGAUGAAGGCUGAAUAUUUUCCUCCAAAAGAAGUUGUAAUCUUGCAGAAUGAAGCACCCACUGACAUGUAUAUCGUGGUUACCGGCUCUGUGGAACUUAUUAUGCAUAGGAAUGGAGCAACACCGGUUGUUCAUGAAGUGAAGACAGGAGACGUUGUUGGUGAAAUAGGUGUGCUUUGUUACAGGCCUCAAAUGGUCACAGUUCGGACGAAAGGACUCUCCCAGCUUCUGCGUUUGAACCGUACAGCUUUCUUAAACCUUGUUCAAGCAAAUGUUGGAGAUGGAACGAUAAUCAUGAACAAUUUUCUUAAGCAUUUGAAAGAAAUGAAGAAUCCGCUGGCAGAAGGAAUUUUGAGGGACAUAGAGCAUGUGCUGGCUAGCGGUAGAAUGGAUCUGCCUCUUAGUUUAUGCUUUGCUGCACAGAGGGGUGAUGACAUGUUGCUGCAUCAAUUGCUCAGGCGGGGUUCAGAUCCAAAUGAGAUGGAUGAUAAUGGACGAACAGCUAUGCACAUUGCAGCAUCUAAUGGAAAUGAACGUUGUGCCCUUUUACUUCUAGAGUAUGAAGCCGAUCCCAAUAUACAAGAUUCGGAAGGAAAUAUUCCUCUAUGGGAAGCAAUAUCAGGGAAGCAUGAGUCCUUGAUUAAACUUCUCUUAGACAAUGGAGCGAAGAUAAAUUCUGGCAAUGUGGGAAAUUUUGCUUGUUCUGCUGUUGAGCAAAACAACUUGGAGCUGCUUAAAUACAUUGUCAAGUAUAACGGUGAUGUAACAAUGCCCAAGAACAAUGGGACUACAGCACUUCACACGGCAGUAUGCGAAGAAAACGUAGAGAUAGUUAAGUUCCUCUUGGAACAAGGAGCUGAGGCUGACAAGCCAGAUAGCUACGGAUGGACUCCUAGGGCUUUGGCAGAGCAUCAGGGACAUGACAAAAUAAUUGAACUGUUUCAACAAAAAUCGGAGAGUAAGAAACCAAGCAAGAAACAAACUGUUGUUCCUAUGCCAGAGGAUCCGAUACUAUCACGUCCUGGGAAGUUCAGAAGUGAACCUACAUUACCUCCCUACGCACGGGAUGGCAGGCCAUCCAACUCAGAUAUGACAUCAGAAAAUACUUUUAGAAUGGAUAAAAGCUUUCGCAAUUCACUGUUUGGUUUCAUGUCAACUGCCAAUACUAAUACCGGUGAGAAAGAUAGAGACAAUGUCGCAUCUGCAGGCAGUUUGACAAGGAGCACAAGUAGGAACAGCUAUCCGGCCAGAGUGACACUUAGCUGCCCUGAAAAAGGCGAAACUGCUGCGAAGCUUGUGCUUCUGCCUGACUCCCUUCAACAACUACUUGACCUUGGUGCCAAGAAAUUCCAGUUUUCAGCCACAAAAGUUUUAACCAAAGACAGAGCUGAAAUUGAAGAUAUAGAGCUUGUUAGAGACGGCGAUCAUCUUGUUCUUGUUGGUGAUUCUGAGAAAUAAUUAUCCAGAAGGCCAGAAAAUCAUCCCCCAGAUGGCAUGUCUAUCUUCCCUUUUUGCAUACUCUUUUUGCAUAUUACAAUUUUACAUUGCAAUAUGUCAUUGAACCGAUUGGAAACGUGUAAAAUGAUGUAAAAUUGAUUAAACAAAGACGGAUGGAAGGUGAUUUUUUCUUA